GGGAGAGAGGCCCUCACAAAUCAGUGAUCGCCGCUUUGAGCCCAAGUGAACGUGGAAUUCCAUGUGACAAGCUGUCUCAUUACGCUUGACCUGUGUUGUGUAUCAGUUGCACUGUGCCAUCACGUGUUACCGGAUUAAUUGAUCAUCAAAAAAGGGGGGAAAAACACGGAGAAAUAGCCGAACAAAAAUUCCCCAGCGGACGAGUCUAGAACCCCCCACCCCCUGUGACAUGGAAACAGGCUAUCUAAACUUCCAUGAUGAGGAACACUUUUCAGACUUCUCCUUGUCCCUGGACCCCCACGACUCCCUGGAAGAGUCGUCGAGUUCGCUCAUGGCAAUCGUCGAAUCAGACUUCGACUACGCCGAUUGCCAGCGAAUGGACACUUCGGGGGGUCUCUGGGGCACCGAGCAAGAGCUGAACGGUGACAUGGCAGUGCUCCCAAACUCGGGUGUAGCCUCAGUGAUCCCGAAGAUCGAGAACAUGAAGGAGGACUUCGCCAAAGUCCUGAUAGACUGGCACGAGCACAUUGGCUACCUGCAGGCCUCCGACAUGGAGGAGGACAUUGACAUGCACCUGCCCCUGACAAUCCCGGAGAAGCCCUCGCCAGAUUUUCCCGACAACAUAUUCGACAGUCUGACGACAUCGCCGACGAAAAACGCGAGGAAGCCCCUGAGUAGUCCCUCAACUCCGCGAAAGCCGGAGUACAAGCCUCUCCCGAGUGUCGUGAGCAAUCCCUCGCAGCUCACCACCUCCCCAGGGAAGAUCUUCGAGGGAUCCCCAGAGAAGCCAACGAUGAUCAUAAAGCAGGAGACCCUAGACAUCCCCGAAGAGGAUCACUCGGAGAGUGACGACUGCAUAGACAUCGAGACAGUCCCCGAAGAGGUGCCUGUCCUCGAGGCUGGGGACGUCAAGAGCCUCCUGGAGCAAUUCGAGGCGUCCGAGGCGACCUCCCUGCACCCCCAGGUCCACUCGGACCCCGAGAUAUCCCCGCAGAAGGCCCCUGAGCCCCCAAAAGCCCCGAAGGAUCGUUACACCCUCGACAAGUCCAAACAGACGCUCCUGAAGAAGUCCCUGGACUCACCGGCCUCCAAACUCCACAAGAACAUCCGCGACUCUCUACCCAAGGAGGUAGUCGACAGGAUAAAGGCGUCAGGCCGUAGCAAGCCAAUCUCAGUGAUCCCAGCGUUGUCGAAUCCAAAGGCCUGCAAGAACGCCACGAGAAUGCAGGAGGCAGCAGUCACUCUCUCUCGAAACAAACUCCUGAAGCUCCAAGCCAACAGACAACAGCCAACAGCCAACAGCCCCAAGGUCGAGGGCUCAGUCCAGCUGGACCACGAUUACUGCAGCAGCACUGCUGCAGCCCCUGAGAAGCCCAGCAAGUCAAUUCGAAAGACGCAGAACAAUCGCUUGAGCAUUCGAAAGAAUCUUAUCAAGUCAAAGAGCUGGGGGGACAGCAGCUCGAAGAAGGACAGUGGCCUUGAGUCUGGCGAUGUGAGUGAUGCCUCUGAGGAGCAGACUCUCGCCCCAGCUGACAGCAGCCCCAGAGACAAGCCAAUUGCUCAAACUAAUUCCAAACCGCAGGUGGAGAUUGGUAAUUCCGUCUGUAAGACUGUCAGUCCGAGUGCUGCAACGAUUCCCAGCAAGUCAGCUCCAGUUUACGAGAUGAAGAUUCGUUCGGCUCUGGCCACUAGUAUUCUACAACUGCGGAAGGGCGUUCUCACGAAGACCAAGUCCCUUCCUGGGGUGACGAAGAGCAAACAGAUGGUGUCGGUUUUGAAGAAGCCACCGAUGCCUGUUGGCUUGACAAAUCAAGGUGUUACGGGUGGUGCGGCCUCCAACGACGACACGCUGAGGGCAAUCGUCCAGGAGGGGAGCCAGGAUGUGCCGAUACCUGAGGAGGAGAAGAAGCCGCCCAGGAGGAAACUCAAUUUGGCUGAGUACAGGAGCAGGAGAGAGCAGACGAGGAGUGACAGCAGCAGGACUUGCUCGCCAGUGCAACCCAUGACUCUUGUGUACAUUCAUCAUGCCUCGACGACGACUGAACCCACUCGGGACGAUCCUGACAAUCCUGUGUGGUCGGAGAGGGAGAUUGUGUCGGUGCUCAAGCCCAAGACUGAGGUCGAGGAGGACAAGGUCAGGGUGAAGCCUGUCGUGUGUGACAAGAGCAUUCAGACUAAUGAGGAUGAGGAGGGGGAGAUCAAGGACGACGAGGAGGUGAGGGAGGUAGCGAAGGUCAACGACAGGAGAAUGAGGAACUACAGGCAGAGGAGGGAGUCGUCGAGUCGGUCGAGGAGUCGAUCGAGGAGCUCCUCGAGGAGUCGGAGCAGAAGUUUCUCCAGGAGUAGGAGCUUCUCAAGGGACAGGAGCAGGAGUGUACCCAGGAGCAGGAGGGGCGGGAGGAGGAGGGGCAGCAGUGGGAGCCGAUCGAGGUCCAGGAGCAGGAGCAGCAGGAGCAGGUCGAGGAGUGGCUCGAGGUCGCGUCGGCGCAGCACUAGGAGGAGGAGGAUUAGCUACAGGAGGAGCUCCGUCAGCUCCAGCAGCAGCUGGUCCUCCAGGUCCAGGAGCUCGUACAGGUCGAGGUCGAGGUCCAGGAGCAGGUCCAGGUCGUCGAGGUCGAGGAGCAGGUCCUCCGGGUCUUCCAGGUCUUCACGGUAUUCGGGGUGUUCUAGAUCUCCGUACAGACGGGCCUAUGAUAGCUGGUACAAUAACGAGAAGGAGAGACAGGUGGAGGAACGAAGAGUUAUCUACGUGGGUCGUCUCGAGGACGGCAUCACCAAGCUCGAGCUCAGGAGACGCUUCGAGGCGUUUGGACCUGUCUGCGACAUCAGCCUGCACUUUCGUGAGCACGGCGAUAAUUACGGAUUUGUAACGUUUGCGUACAAAAAUGAUGCUUAUGAAGCCGUAGAGCAUGGGAAUGAUGACAUAACACAGCCACGAUAUGAUUUGUGCUUCGGCGGACGUCGGGCAUUUUGUAAAGUUAAAUACGCUGAUUUAGAUGGAAUAGCGAGCAAUUCACUGAGCAUUGGUGGGAGAAGCAUGAGCAACGAUGCAGACAAUACAUUCGAUCUACUUCUUAAGGAAGCCAAGGCAAAGCUGAAGAAACGAAAAGUUUGACACAUGUAUUCACUCCUAGUUUUCAAUAUAUUUUAUUUAAUUACGUAGAAGGGGGAUGCAAAAUUGAGAUGGAACGAAUGAAGAAUUUAGUCGACCAAUUUAUUGUGAAAUACACAAGAUGAUUUUCUUGAAUGACAAAUUUUUUAGGUGAAUAUUAUACGUAGAAAACGGGCUCAAUCAUUAAUUCUACAAUGAAUAAUUGAAAACUCAUAAACACACUGAACUCCAGUGACCACUGGAGAUUAUACUCAUGAAUACCAGAACUGAAAUUAGAAAAAUAUUGAUCUUUUCACUGUGAGUAAAGUAUAUACUUUUUUUUUCGUUUGAAUAGCGUCAAUUUUCAUAGUUUUCGUAUCGAAUAAAAUAUUUUUCUCUUCGACAAAUAGUCGACAUCGUAGUGUUGAGAUUUUUGUAGACAGGAGGUCAUUGUUUUUAUUUUGAAUCAGAGAAGUUUAUUUUGGGGGUAGAUUCAGAUGUUUGAGGGGUUGAUAAUUGUCUGAGACGUGUCACUGCGUCAAUUAAUACUGCCACGGUGUCACCGCCAAUUCAAGGAUUCAAAACUACUUAUAAGUUUAAUGAUAAAUAAAUAAUCCUUCACUCUAUUCUUCAACAUAAUUUUAAUUUAUGAUUGGGAGGAGAGAUGAUGGGGGUAAGAGGAAUUCUCAAGAGUCAAGUUAUUUUAUGAUAGAGCUGAUAUUUUCCUCUAUAUUUUUUUUUUAAUUUGCAUGAAGAUUUAUCGUCAAAUCCAUUGGUCAUUGACAAUGGUUACGAAUUUAUAAGUGUCUCAAUGAAGUUAUUCGAUGCAUGACAUUAUUGCAACAAGUGAAUUGUGAGGAUGAAAGGCAAGAGGGACACAUGAAUAUGUACAUGAGUGGUAAUUACAUUUGAUUACCAGUGUCUUGUAAUUUAUGGUAAUGAAUUGUUUAUUGAUAAUCCAAUAAAUGAAGGUGAUUCAUAA